AUGGUCUCCGAGUUUGAUUCGCUUCGCUACCUUAGCGGCUUCGGCAACGAAUUUGCCACCGCGGAUCCGCGCGUUCCGGAUGCACUUCCGGAAGGACAGAAUAACCCUCAAAAAUGUCCUCACGGGCUGUACUGCGAGCAACUGUCCGGUUCGGCGUUUACGGCUCCGCGACACUCCAAUAAACGCAGCUGGCUGUACCGCAUCCGCCCGUCCGUCAUCCACCGCCCGUUCGAGCCUUUCCAGCAAUCGGCAAAGUGUACGAAUGACUACCCGAGACAUGCAAAAUCGGCCAAUCCGAAUCAAUUCCGCUGGCAUCCGCAUCCGAUCCCGGAGAAGCCGACCGAUUUUGUCGAGGGUCUCUACACGGUAUGCGGAGGCGGGGAUAUCGUCUCUCGUUCCGGCCUCACCAUCCAUCUCUAUGGUUGCAACAAAACGAUGGACCAUCGUGCCUUCUACAAUUCAGAUGGCGAUUUCUUGAUUGUUCCCCAACAAGGCGCUCUGGAGGUGACCACCGAAUUUGGACGACUUCUCGUCGGGAUUCAGGAAAUCUGCGUGAUUCCGCAGGGCGUUCGCUUCUCGGUGGCCGUCCGAGGCCCAUCGCGCGGUUACAUCCUCGAGGUGUACGGCACUCACUUCCAGCUCCCCGACCUCGGGCCCAUUGGUGCCAACGGACUGGCGAACCCACGCGAUUUCGAGACCCCGGAAGCAUGGUUCGAAGAGAGGGACGAGCCGUUCGAGAUUGUCAACAAGUACCAAGGGUCGUUUUUCUCGGCCAAGCAGGAGCACUCGCCUUUUGAUGUAGUCGGCUGGCACGGCAACUACGCUCCCUACAAAUACGAUCUGCGCAAGUUUAUGGUCAUCAACGCCGUGGCGUUCGACCAUGCGGACCCAUCAAUUUUCACGGUCCUUACCGCGCAAUCGACUCGUCCCGGGGUGGCCAUAGCCGAUUUCGUGAUCUUCCCCCCGAGAUGGGGAGUAUCUGAUCACACGUUCCGACCCCCAUAUUACCAUCGCAACUGCAUGUCGGAGUAUAUGGGACUGAUCGUCGGCAGCUACGAGGCCAAGGAGGGCGGAUUCAAGCCGGGCGGCGGUUCCCUGCACUCGAUGAUGACGCCGCACGGUCCGGAUUACGCCUGCUUCGAGGGGGCCAGUAAUGCUGAGCUUCAGCCGCAGAAGAUUGCGCAUGGCACUAUGUCAUUCAUGUUCGAAUCGUCGCUCUCAAUGGUAGUGACCGACUGGGCGCAGGAGGAGAACGUCGACAAGGACUACUACAAGGAUUGGCAGCCGCUCACCAAGCACUUCCGCCUCCCCGCCAAGAAGCAC